AUGACUGAAAACUACGUACCCCCUAACCAGCAGCGCAAUCUCCGCGCAUGCAUGGUCUGCUCAAUUGUCAUGACCCAAAACCGUUUUAUGCGAGAAGGGUGCCCCAAUUGCGAAGAUUUUCUCCAUCUGCAAGGAUCUAUGGAAGCGAUCAUCGACUGCACAUCUCAAGUCUUCGAAGGUCUCAUUACACUGGCCGAUCCAUCUAAAUCUUGGGUCGCGAAAUGGCAGCGGCUGGAUGGAUAUGUGAGAGGUGUUUAUGCGACGAAAGUCAAUGGACAGCUACCAGAAGAAAUUGUUUCGACAAUGGAGGAAGAGGCGAGGGUCAAAUAUAUUCCGAGAGAUGGAAGUGCUACGGAAGCGGAUUAA